UUUAUUCCCAACACUGUUAGCAAAAAUAAUUCUGGUCUACUUGCAAUUUCAUAUGCGAUUGCUUGUAUAUAGCACAAAGAGAAAGGUUUAGCUUAAAGAUAAGUUCUUUCCACAAAUGCAGUUAGUGCUUUCAAAUGCAAGGGAAGAAAGAAGGAAUUUGUACCUGGUGCUUUUUUAUUAUGCUUUGCAUCAAAUAAAUGAGUCAUGCAUAGCUAGUGGAACUUCAGACUACAGUGAGGAUGAGGUCCAACCUGUCGCUAUGUUGCUUAUGAUCGCAGAUGCACCUGAAGCUUUGCAUAUAUCAGUAAAGCUUGGAUUGGAAGGCAUCUUGGAGCUUCUGCAACGCCCAAUAUCUAGUGCAUUGUCCAAAUAUCCAAAUUCUGAUCGACUUUCUAUGCUGUUGGGAAAAAUUGUCGAGAAUUUUUGAGAUGCUUACAAAGUCAUUUACUCAUCUUGAUAAGGAAUUUGCUCAUAUGAGGCAGAUAACUAAAUCAUGCAAAUCUCUAGAAAGUAUUGAUGGAGCUAAUGAAA